AAGCGAAGCGGUCGCAGUGGCGCUGGAACGCUUGGGAAGCGCGUAGCGCUCCCUGUAAAUUUUCACCUGUUGGAAAUUCCCGCGAAAAUGAUCGAGUGUCAAAUGGAAACGUGAAAAGUAUCACGUAUCAACAAAUACAAUUUUUUAUCAAGUUGUUUUUCUUAUCUAAUAAAUCCCUGGUAAAAACUGACUUGAAUCGGAUAUAACUUUAAAAAGUUAAUCUGGAUCUAGAUAGUUAUAGGAUGUCCUACAGAUAAAAGACACCAUCAGUAGUGCCUCAUGGCCGGAAUGUGACCCCUCGAAAUUCCGAAGGUCGACGGGAGAAAAAAUAAGAUGGCAUUGCCCCCCCUGAGCUGUUCCCCGCUGGUGAAAGAUGACCUGGUGUACCCGCUGACGUGUCACGUGGCCAACAACUUGCUGGCGCCCGUGAAGUCGCAACGGGACAUCCUGGAGAACUCCAUGCUGGAGGACGACCCCAACGGGAACUGCGCAGGCGCGGUAGUGCCACAGGUGACUGUAGGACCGCGAUGGGGGCCCCAGCACAGGGGGGCCCAGGAGUUGGCGAAUUUGUAUAGUACAGGUAAGAGGACCCAAGAGUGCAUCUGCGUCGGCAUUUGUCUCACCCUGAUGGCUGUCAACUUCGCCUUCAUCUUGUUCUACAUCCGCUUGGAACAGCUGAGCACGAUUCUUGUGGCAGCUUUUUGCGGCAUAGUCACUGCCGAUUUCGGUUCUGGUCUAGUGCACUGGUUGGCAGACACCUGGGGAUCCAUCGAGCUACCAGUCAUAGGAAAAAAUUUUUUGAGACCAUUCCGUGAACACCACAUAGAUCCCACUUCAAUAACGAGGCACGAUUUCAUAGAAACCAACGGGGACAACUUUAUGGUAACAGUGCCUUUCCUGGCGAGAAUGCUAUGGGACUUCCUCACCCUAUCCAAGGAAGACGUCCAAAACAAAUUUCCGUGGAACUGUUACGUCUUCUUGCUGGCCAUAUUCGUGGCCAUGACGAAUCAGAUACACAAGUGGUCCCAUACUUAUUUCGGACUGCCAUCUUGGGUGGUGUUUUUGCAGGAAUACCGAAUUAUCCUGCCUAGGCGUCAUCACAGGAUACACCAUGUGGCGCCACACGAAACCUACUUUUGCAUAACCACAGGCUGGCUGAAUUGGCCUCUGGAAAAAAUGAGAUUUUGGAGUGCCUUAGAGACGGUGAUAGAGCUGACCACCGGGGUCAAACCGCGAGCUGACGAUCUCAAGUGGGCUCAAAAAAGAACGUGAUAGUUUUCUUCGAAUACUGACUAUUUUUUCGCGAUUCAGUGAUUUUCAUCUCCGAAACGAUACUUAGUAAAUGUACGGUGCCGGUUCUGGGCCUAUCCAACAAUGCCACGCCCACUCGUUUUUUAUUGGUCAAUGGGAGUGAUAGGGGCGUGGCUAAGGAACUGACUGGGAUGGAUUAGGAUGCGAGGAGGGUGAAGGAAGGCAUAAUAUGGGCGUGGCUAGGAUGUGAAUGUGUUAUCAUACAGCUUGCACCGAAAUUCUCAAUAAAGCAUCACAUUUACUUUCGCCUUGAAUAAACAUCGAUUUCUCUUCAGACAACUUAUUAUUAUUGGAAUAGGCUUUAUGUGAAUUCCUUUUUCGGAUGUUGUUAAUUCGAUUGCAAACUAUUUUUCGAUUCCUACAUUCGAAACGCUUGAUGUGGGCGUGGCUAGGAAGUGUUGAUGGUCGUUUAAUUUGAUUUUUUCUCGAAUAAAUUGCACCAAGUACGCUUCACUGUUGCUUCCGCUCUGCAUAAACACCAGUUUUUUUAUCAGGCAACAAAUAAUUGAAAUUAGUCUUAUGUAUAUUUCAGCAUCAAGUUGUUGAAUUUAUUGAAACAAGACAUGAUUCAUGAUGAUCACCACGUGAUGUUUUUUUUUUGUAUAUUGUUCAAUGAGAAAUGAGUAUCAUUGUUAUAUUUCUCGAUACUGUGUCAAUAUCAUCACAAAUAUUGAAACGAAUAAAAUAUUCACGAGAUA